GUGGCUUCACAUGGCGCUUUGGAAGCUGGGCAGUUGAAGGUGACCGUCUCCUGCCCCGAGAUGUCCGGUUCUGGGAUCCUGAGCUUGGCCGCCGCGCCGUGGCGUCUGGGCCUCUCAAUGCUCCGGUUUGGCGCCCAGAGGAGUCUCCAGAUUCCUGCCCCCCUGGAAUCUCGGACCAUGGCCACCCUGAACCAGAUGCACCGUGCGGGCAGGCCAAAGCCGCCACCUCCGAAACUGGGACCCACAUUUGGCCGCCCUCAGCUCAAGGGCGUUGUGCUCAAAACCAUGAUCCGGAAGCCGAAGAAACCAAACUCUGCCAAUCGCAAGUGCGCUCGCGUGCGGCUGAGCAACGGCAAAGAGGUGGUGUGCUUCAUUCCCGGCGAGGGCCACAACCUCCAAGAACACAACAUCGUCCUGGUGGAGGGAGGCCGUACGCAGGACCUGCCUGGGGUGAAACUCAAGGUGGUUCGGGGCAAAUAUGACUGUGCCCAUGUCAAAAAGAAAGCCUAGUAAUGUUCCAUGCCUCAGCCACUGCCUGGGCAGCGCCUCCUGGGGGGUAUAUGGGGCAGGAAGCCCCCGAAGGACAGUUAGUAACCGCAGAUUGGUGCAGCCAGCCUGCCGUGUCAUCGUCAGACGUGUAAAUGUUUGCGUGUGCGCUCUCCCAGCUGCUGGGGGAAGCCUUUGUUGUUCGCACUCACUGGCUCUAAAGCUCGAUGUGUAAAUGCCUUUCCUGAUCCUCCUCGAAAACAUGAAAUUUCACAGAUCCCAAAUACCUGGUUUAUUUCUGAAAUCGCCGCGUUCUGAAUGCCAGGAGGUCGGUUCUAGCUGUUCAGAGCCCCUGGCGGGGUGCAGUUACUCAUGUUCGGUAUUUUUGGGGGUUGGAAGGGCUUUUUACAGUUGGGGUGCCUUCAGCUUUGGGGUAAUCUGGGACUAACACUGGCUUCUCAAGGGAGUUAUUACCAUAGUAACAACCCUUGCACACGUAUGUCAUGGCUGUGCCACCAGGUGCAAAAAUAUUGGGUCGGGGUAAACAUAUUAUAAUUCAUUGUCCGGGGCGGGUUACACAGAGCUGCUUGUAAGACGCGGGGACGCAUUUCAGCCUACUUACCCUCAUGCCAUGGCAGAUAGGGCACUUAUAUAAGCUGAGUCCCGCACCAGUUACCGUUUAUUGAAAAAUGAUUUACCCUGUCUAUUUUCUCUUUUCUUAUGUUUGACCCCGCAGGUUAUUUAACAAACGCCUGACUUUCAAUAAAUGGAAACCCGAGGGAGGAAAUAAAACCUUGCUUU